GGUUCAUGUUUUGAUAUAUCAAACUGAAACCAAAAAAGAAACCACUUCCUUUUUGCGCAAUAAUUUGUCUCUUUAACACUGCACGAGAAGAAAUCUUACCGGCAUCACUUAUCACUAUGGCAGGUUGGGGAGACUGGGUGAAAUAUCUUUUAAAUGAUGGAAAUUGUGUGUGUGGCAAUGUCUGCGGAAUAUUUGGACCAGCACCAAAUUACCAGUACUAUGCGUCAGAUCCAUCGGAUUUUCAUCCAGGAGUACCUUUUUUCCAGAGCAUGGAUAAAGUAUUUCAGAGUGGCGUUGGGGCUUGUGGUUCAGUAAAAGUUUCACUACCAGUAGAUGGUGUACAGAAAGAAUUUAAAUUUAUGAUUUUAAGAGAGGAUGAAAAAUGUAUAACAGCCAAAUGUGGGAGUGAUGCUGGAUUUAAUGUAUCAAAGACAAACAAUUUAUAUGUAGUUUCAUUUUACACAUCAAACAGUGUACAACCUGGAAAUUGUGCAAAACGGAAUAAUUAUGUACAACAACAAUUACUAGCAGCAGGACAAUAAUCUUUACUUUGUUUUUAGAAAGCAUCAUUACAGAACAUCUCCAAGUUGAAUAUUUUUUAGGGUGCAAUAACAGUUGACAGUUUAUAUGCCAGUGUAAAUGUUAUCAUCCACAGACUUGCCUCAUAUAAAUGUUUUCCGCUCAUUGUAUUAUUGAUAAACAAAAUCUAGUCACUUAAAAUUUUUACAGCAUUCCAGGUUUUUUAUAUUUAUUUGUUUCCCUUAAAAUUUGCCAUUUGCUUCUAGGAGUAAUUACAAUCUUAAUUUGUCACUCAUCUUCAUAUAUGGCAUAAUAUUAAACAGGAUGUAUCUAGAUACCAAGCUUUGUGCAAUUAUUUAUAUGAAGAUUUUACUUCAUUUUACAUAUUAUUAAAAAAUUAAAGGUAGUAUGUAAUAUUUUUGUGACUGACAUAAAUAUUUACAAAGUUACUGUAAUUAGUGUACUUGGGUAAACAACAGUAUUGCAAUUUGUGAAUAGAUAAUUAAGUGCUCAAAUAUUAUACAUGCUAUUAUAAUGUCUUUGUUUUCUCAUAUACCAGUCUAUACAAUUUUUGUUUGAAGUUACAUUUCAUAAAGAUACCAUUGUUGAAUAUCAUUUUAAAAUUUUGUUUAGUUUUGCGGGUUAAUGUAGGAUCAGUCCCUAUGGCUAAUGCCAUAAUUGAAAUAGAAUUUCAGGCCAGAGCAUAUUGGAAUAGUUUUGCUGAAUCAUAGUGUAUGUUUUAGAUACACUAUUGUCAAAAGCUUAUUUGCUUUUUCUUUGAAGAUCCGUAAGAAUUUCAGCAUAUAAAAUGUUCAUGUAUAAUUGUAUUAGUGCUUUAUUCUUGUUAUUUUUUGCUAAACCCUGUAAUGUAUGAUUUACUUAUUGAACAUGAUGACGUCCCAUUUACUACUUGACUAUUGAUCCAAUUUCAAUGAUCAAUCAUAAAACACAAUGUUGCCUUAAGUUGAAUCAUGCUUUAUGGGGAUAAUUGCAAUGCUUAAAAGAGAUUUUUCUGUUAUGAGAUUGUCUUUGUUUUAUUUUUUUGUGUGUUUUAUUAUUGAUGACUUUAUCUGAUGUUGUAUGGUUACCUAAAGAGUUUGACGAGCCAAAUCUUUUGUAGGUAAACCUUAGUUGUAUUAAAGAUGGUUUGUAGAUGAAAGAUCUUUUCUCAGUUGUACAAGUUAUUUUAUUUGUUAUUGUAAUCAAUUUAAUGGAAAUUUAAAAAAUAAUGGAUAUGAAAUUAAAAAUAAUUAUCUUGGUAAUUUAAAUAAGUAGUUUUACGAUGAAAGUAGAUUUUUUAUGGUCUUAGUAGAUUUUCUCAGUUAGUUUAUUCACUAUUACUGAACUUUAUGUUACAGAUAAUUUCAAAAUAUAGAUCAUGAUUUAUUAUACGAUCUGACUAAAAUUUGACCUAGUGUACAAGAGAAUUUAAAGAAACCAAAUUGGAUAAAAGCAUAGUGUGAAUUAGUUACAACUUUGUUCAUUACUUCUCAUAAUAAAGUACAUUUAUCAUUG